CGGACUCUCUGAAGACCCACAGGAUUCAGUCAUGGAGUCUCAGAUGCUCCUUCUGGUGCUCUUGGCGGCCCUGACCGAGACCUGGGCGGGCUUUUCCGUCUCAGGAGCCCCUCGCCCUCUUUCUACUCCCGGUCUCCUCACCCCGCACCCAGGGCUCCGCGCCGAAAGGAGGGAAGGGUCUCAACCUCUCCCCGCCCCCAGGCUCUCACUCCAUGAGGUAUUUCCACACGGUCGUGUCCCGGCCCGGCCACGGGGAGCCCCGGUACCUUGAGGUCGGCUACGUGGACGACACGCAGUUCGUGCGGUUCGACAGCGAAGCUCAGAAUCCGAGGAUGGAGCCGCGGGCGCCGUGGGUGGAGCAGGAGGCGCAGGAGUAUUGGGAUGAGGAGACACAGCGCGCCAAGGAUCUUGUACAGAAUUUUCGAAGGAACCUGAUGAUCCUUCGGGGCUACUACAACCAGAGUGAGACCGGGUCUCAUACCUUCCAGUUGACCUAUGGUUGCGAGGAGGGGUCGCACGGACGCCCCCUUCACGCGCACUGGCAGUACGCCUACGACGGCGAGGAUUACAUCACUUUGAACGAGGACCUGAGCUCCUGGACUGCAGCGGACAUGGCGGCUCGGGUCACACAGCGCAAGUGGGACAAGUCCCGUGCUCAUGAGCGCUUCAAGAGCUACCUGGAGGGCACGUGUGUGGAGUGGCUCAGAAGAUACCUGGAGAACGGGAGGGAGAUGCUGCAACGUGCAGACCCCCCAAAGGCAUAUGUGAACCACCACCCCAGCUCUGACAAUAAAGUCACCCUGAGGUGCUGGGCCCUGGGCUUCUACCCUAAGGAGAUCUCCCUCACCUGGCGGCGGGAGGGGCAGGACCAGAGCCAGGACGUGGAGGUUGUGGAAACCAGGCCCUCAGGGGAUGGGACCUUCCAGAAGUGGGCAGCCCUGGUGGUGCCUCCUGGAGAGGAGCAGAGCUACACCUGCCAGGUGCAGCACAAGGGCCUGCAGGAGCCCCUCACCCUGAGAUGGGAACCGUCUCGGCUGUCCGCCAUCACCAUCAUAGGAAUCGUUGCUGGUCUGGUUCUCCUUGGAGCUGUGAUCACUGUGAUAUGGAAAAAAAGGUUCUCAGGCAGAAAAAGAGGAAGCUACUCUCAGGCGCCAAGCAACAACAGCGUCGAGAACUCUGAUGUGUCUCCCGCAAGUCCUCAAGGUAUCUGAAUGCGUCUGUGUUCCCAUCAGCGCAAUGUGGGGAGAUGGAAGACUGGCUUCCCCACACUGAUCUUCGCCCCAUGUCCAAGCCACUUUCCUGUUCCAGCAGAGGCAGAGCUGAGACAUCUCAGCUUCUCGUAAUUUCAGAGUCUACUGAGCUGCACUAUUUUCCAUAUUGGAAAUAAAAAUCCAAAUAUAAAUUUA